AGGCCUACAACGCAACAGCUGUUCGGCUUACCAUUGCGUUGACAGCUCUGUUUUGAUUGAAAAAUCUAAAAAACUAUUUUUUAGAGUUGAAAAUGUUAUCACUGAGUUUAAAACGCUCAGUAAGCGUUGGCGCGCAACUCUUAAAAUUGCAGUCGUCUAUUGCUGUAACAACAGCAGCAGCAGGUGGCACCAGUAGCUUGGGCUGGAAUCAAUAUCGCGGCGCAGCAAAAUGGUAUCCAGAUCCCGAAUUCAUGAAGCAAUUUAGCGGCGCAGUUAUGUAUCCCGAUGAAGUGACCACCCUUUGGAAAGUCCCUCCAUGGAACAGCAAAGUGGUGCCGGUUGAGAAAUCGGUUCGCAACUUGACGUUAAAUUUUGGACCACAACAUCCGGCUGCUCACGGUGUCUUGAGACUGGUGUUGGAACUCGAUGGCGAGACAGUGAUGCGCGCAGACCCACACAUUGGCCUGCUACAUCGUGGCACCGAGAAGCUAAUCGAGUACAAGACCUACACCCAGGCUUUGCCAUAUUUUGAUCGCUUGGAUUAUGUUUCGAUGAUGUGCAACGAACAGUGCUACUCGCUGGCCGUGGAGAAACUUCUAAAUAUUGAUGUGCCACUGCGCGCCAAGUAUAUAAGAACUCUAUUCGCCGAGAUAACUCGAAUUCUGAAUCAUAUAAUGGCUGUUGGUACUCAUGCAUUAGAUGUGGGUGCGUUGACUCCAUUUUUUUGGCUAUUCGAGGAGCGUGAGAAAAUGAUGGAAUUUUAUGAGCGCGUUUCAGGAGCCCGCAUGCAUGCCGCUUACAUACGACCCGGCGGUGUUUCAUUAGAUAUGCCAUUGGGUCUGCUGGAUGAUAUAUAUGAGUUUGCAUCGAAGUUUGGCGAGCGUUUAGACGAGGUUGAGGAUGUUCUGAGUACAAAUCGUAUCUGGGUACAACGUACUGAAGAUAUUGGCAUUGUCUCGGCCGAGGAAGCGCUGAACUACGGAUUUAGCGGUGUAAUGCUACGAGGCUCUGGCAUCAAAUGGGAUUUGCGUAAGCAACAGCCCUACGAUGCUUAUCAUCUUGUUGACUUCGAUGUCCCAAUUGGCACGAAAGGUGAUUGCUAUGAUCGCUAUUUGUGUCGUAUUGAAGAAAUGCGUCAAUCUUUGCGCAUCAUCGAUCAAUGUCUCAAUCAAAUGCCGCCGGGCGAGGUGAAAACGGAUGAUGCAAAGGUGACACCGCCAUCACGCACCGAAAUGAAAACGUCCAUGGAGGCGCUAAUUCAUCAUUUUAAACUAUUCACCCAAGGCUAUCAGGUGCCACCAGGCGCUACCUACACUGCAAUCGAAGCACCAAAAGGUGAAUUUGGUGUCUACUUGAUAGCAGAUGGCUCCAGUCGUCCAUACCGCUGCAAGAUUAAGGCACCAGGAUUCGCACAUUUGGCAGCGCUAGAGAAAAUUGGAAAGCAACAUAUGUUAGCCGAUGUAGUUGCUAUUAUUGGCACUUUAGACGUUGUCUUUGGUGAAAUCGAUCGAUAAAAACUGUUUCUAUUAUAUACAAGUUAAUAGUUUGAAAUAAAAGUAUAUACUGUGAAG